AUGAAUCCUAUUAAGGCUGUUGUGGUUCUCUUUGACCGUUACUUCUACAGUGAAAAACAGAGUGAAUGCAGUGAUCUGGACUUGCGUGUCAAACCCGACUGGAAACAGUUGCGGACAAGGAUCAGAACUAUGCCUACGUGUGACAUAUGUCAUUAUGCCUUUCUUUUGUCUGUUAUGAUGAUAUCCAUAAUAGUUUCUCCCGUGCACAUAUUAUUCAAGCUAGUGGUCAUAAUAGGACUUGCCACUAUCUUCAUUGUCCCUCUGACGUCGCAGUUCUUUUGGUCGGCUCUCCCUAUACUCACUUGGGUGGGCCUGUUUUUCAACAUGCCAUUUAUUCCUGUUUGGAUCAAACCUGCCAUUACUGUUCAGUCAUUACCUGCACUAGAGACAAUACUUUAUGGAGAUAAUCUUAGUGAUAUCUUGGCAGCUUCACCCAAUGCUUUUCUGGAUCUGUUGGCCUGGCUUCCAUAUGGUAUUAUUCACUUCGCUUUCCCGUUCAUCCUGGCUGCAUUGUUGUUUGUUUUUGGUCCACCCCGCUGUCUAAGGGCCUAUGCAUUUGCUUUUGGUUACAUGAACCUGAUCGGUGUCAUUACUCAACUACUGUUCCCUGCUGCUCCACCGUGGUACAGAUUACUUCACAACCUUGAACCCGCUAAUUACUCAAUGAACGGAUCACCCGGAGGGCUAGGACGUAUUGAUCAAUUGUUUGGUUUUGACAUGUACACAACGACCUUUUCCAAGACGUCACCGAUCAUUUUUGGAGCUUUUCCCUCCUUACAUUCAGGCUCUGCAGUCAUGGAAGCUCUGUUUUUCAGUUACUUAUUCCCUCGACUGUCUUGGGUAGCGUGUGCGUAUGUUUCAUGGCUGUGGUGGUCCACCAUGUACCUUUCACACCAUUACUUUAUUGAUCUUACAGGAGGCGCUGUCCUCUCGUUGACCAUAUUCACAUAUACCAAGUACCGUCAUUUACCGAUGCGCAGCCUAAAGUGCUGGUGCCGAUGGUCAUACACCUCUAUCGAGAAGUUUGAUGCUUACUCUUCGAAUCCAUUGCGAGGGAAAACAUCUGCUGACGUCGUCAUUGAGCUUGACGAAUCUUUUUCAUCAUCGUCAUCUUCUACUAAUCUUAAUUGGGUUUAA